ACCUGCGUAUUCCACUGGACUUCCGCUCGGAAGAUAAAAACUUACUGCCGCAAAGCGAGGGAGCAGUUUCAGUUGACAGAAAAAUUUAGUCGAGGACCGACUCGCCGAUUCAACUGACACCGCGGAAGCCGGUGAAGGCCUGCAUCACGAGAAUUCGCCUCGAACAAAUCUAAGCACUACAAUUUUGGGAAAAGUAAAUUUACAGAGAGGAUGGCGGGAGACGCUAGUGCCGACGCGAGGAGCUUGGAAUUCACUCCGACAUGGGCCGUCGCGACUGUUUGCACUGUUUUUGUUGUGAUCUCGUUGAUUAUCGUGAAAAUUAUCGAGAAGGUGGAAGAGAAUCUCAAACAUGGGAAACGAAAACCACUCCUGCAAGCCCUGGAUAAGAUGAAAGAAGAGUUGAUGCUUCUGGGAUUCAUCUCGCUUCUACUGACGGUGUUCCAAAAUUACGUCGCCAGUAUUUGCGUGAAGUCAUCUGUUCUUGAGAAAUUCACACCCUGUCAUCUGUCUGACAAAAAAAAGGCCUAUUCGGAAACUCCACCAGCGAGCGAAUCUCCACCAGCGAGCGACGACACGGCCCACAGAAGACUUCUCGAGUAUCUGGCGGAUUCUCUGAUCGGAAAUGAAUUGGAGCCUCCCGUCUGGCGAAGGGAGUUGGCCGCUGCCGCUCCCUCUUCUUGCCCUGCAGGCAAAGAGUCAUUUGUGUCGACGACUGGACUGCAUCAACUCCACACCUUCAUUUUUGUACUGGCGGUUGUACAUGUGGUCUACAGUUUGAUCGCGAUGGGUCUCGCCAUGGCCAAGGUCAGGAGUUGGAGUGCUUGGGAGUUGGAGGCACAUAGCAACACUCACGAUGACUUGACAGAAAUCACUAAGACGCUUACCAUGAAGCGUCAAUCUACUUUUGUUACAUAUCACACAUCGAAACCCUGGAGCAGAAAUAGAUUCUCAGUUUGGAUUGUUUGUUUUUUCCGACAAUUUGGUAUCUCUGUUACACGAGCAGAUUACCUUACUCUUCGCUUGGGAUUCAUCAAGAAUCACAACACAGGUCACAAAUUCAACUUCCACCAGUACAUGAUUCGUUGCAUGGAAGACGAAUUCAAGGAAAUUGUGGGAAUCAGUGCUUGGUUAUGGGCUUUCGUGGUGGCCUUUUUGCUCUUCAACGUGAAUGGGACGAAUUUAUAUUUUUGGAUGUGCUUCAUUCCUGUUGUGCUGGUCAUCGUUGUCGGCACCAAGCUUCAGCAUAUCAUUGCAACACUAGCCUUGGAGAAUGCAAUGGUCAAGGGCCCCCUUCCGAGCAUCCGGCCUCGAGAUGAACUCUUUUGGUUUAAGACCCCGACGCUGCUUCUCAAGCUGAUCCACUUUAUAUUGUUCCAGAAUGCAUUUGAACUUGCAACCUUUAUCUGGUUUUGGUGGCAAUUCGGAUUCACUUCAUGUCUAUUGGAAAAUAAGACCUACGUCUACAUUCGAAUCGGACUUGGGGUGUUGACCCAGAUUCUGUGCAGCUACAGCACUCUGCCUCUAUACGCCCUUGUAACCCAGAUGGGAUCUCACUACAAGCAUUCCAUCUUCCAAAACGAUGUCAAGGAGAAGCUACAUAACUGGAGGAAGGGAGCCAAGAAGAGAGCUAAGUUGGGCACCCUUUCAGAAGAGAGUUCGUAUGCUGGGGAUGACAGUAGGGACGGAAAUUCAGGAGCGGGAUCCAUGACACCCGAAGAAGGGUCCGUUCCCCAUGAAAGCCGAUUUGAUCCGAGAACCGGAGAACAGAUGGCCAGAGAAGCACAGAUGGCCAGGGAGUAUAGCAUGCAAGAUGAAGGAUUAAGGCAUCAGAGAUCACAAUCGGAGUCAGUUGUUACCCAGCAAGUGCCGGGUGAUAUAGAGAUGCAGCAACCAGGUUCUGAGAAGAAAUUCUUAAGGACACUCUCCCAGUCCUUGCUUGGUAGCAGGCAAAGCGAUGACUCCAAAUUGCCCUAUUUCAAGGCGUUUACCGUCCAGGUUGAUAACAGCCCCCCUGAUGGUCGUCAAGGAGGUUCGAGCUACACACCCAAGGGUCCUGCCAAAGAAGGACAAGAUAUCUCUCCUCUUUUUCCUUGGCACCGGCGUAAGUGAAAAAGCUCUGUCUCCUGAAGGGACAUUUCAGAAGACAGAUUUAGUUCACUUUUGCUCAAGGAAAGCCAACACAGUGCAUAGAUGCCACAGUCCGCAGAUUGUGCUCAUUGUGCCUGAAUUUAUGAAACUGUGGGCGAGUUGAGGAGACACGGAUCUCGGACGGAUGGGAAGUAAUGUACCUGAGAACAAUGGAUCGCUGUCAAGUUUAUUGACUCGUGUAGAUGUUUACAUCAAUAGGAUUUCGUAGGAGUUUGUCUCGGCAGGAUCAGUUCUUAGACAGAUUGUUAGUGACGCCCUCUGUAGAUAUUUUGCCGUCCUUCGAAGGGGACCAUUUUCGACCAUUCAGAGAAAGGAUGUCAGACCAUGUCUCUGACACUCAGAGCUUACUUCGUCAGAGAUUUGGUUAGGCUCUCACGGCAACUUAGUUUGUACCCUACAUGUCCAAAAGCAUGUCAGAGAGAGAUGUGUGUAUGAUUCUCAGUUCUUUGCUUCCUUGCAAGAUCAGCGAUUGAUUUUCGAUUGUAAAUUACAAUACCAAGCACUUCGUU